AUGACGUCUAGAUUGUCUUAUAUACCAGGAGACCCUCGCCUUGAUUCCAAGGUCCUGGAGUCUACCUCCUGCCUAACGCUGCCCCUAGGGCAACUUCCGGUAGAGCAUGCCCUUUGGACGCCCCAGGAUCUCUCCAGGUGCUUUGCCAGGAAGGGAACCGGAGCACCUUCGGAUGGUACUUCCAGGAUCGCCGCUGCUGCGUCAUCACUGACUGGGACUGGAGGAAGCCACCAGCCACACCCGGUGUACGGUAUAACAGUACAAGAGACCAGGUGUAGUGGAGGGGAUGACCUUGGGCUGAUCUCAAGGUCACUCUCACUGCUGCAGAAACAGCUGAUCGCCCAUCUUCUUCUUCCUUUCUCGAUGAAAAGCCCCAUCCACCUUGUGGAUCUUCCACUCACGCUGCACCCUUCUCGCUCGUCCCAGGGUUCCUACGAAGUUAAAGGUGCACCAAAUUACCUUUCACUCAAGAAUGACGAGACACGUCCUCCCUAUCGAUCAAUCGAAGGAAAAGAUCUUUUGGGUUUGGCUGGUGGUGCUAUGAUCUUUGCUGGUGGUGUUGUGAAAACUGCUGGGGUGGUUAACCUGGGUCUGGCGCCAUUAUAUUUUGCUCCACCAGUUGCUGCGGGAGUGUGCCUGACGUACUUAGUUGGUUCCUACGAAACCAAAGGUGCACCAAAUGACCUUCCACUCAAGAAUGACGAGGCACGUCCUCCCUAUCGAUCGAUUGAAGGAAAAGGUCUUUGGAAUUUGGUUGAUGGUGUUGUGAAAACUGCUGGGGCGAUUAACUUGGGUAUGGCGGUAUUAUAUUUCGCUCCACCAGUGGCUGCGACAGUCCUGACGUACAGAGUUGUGAAUUACGGAAUAGACAAAACUUAUGAAGCUGCGGGUUACGUAACAGAAAAAGCUCAGGAAACUGCCAGUUACGCUGCUGGUUAUGUAGCAGAUAAAGCUCAGGAAGCUGCCGUAAACGCGAUCAAAGAUGAAAUAAACAAGAAAUUUUCGUAAAAACGAGCAGAUGAGUUGAAUAGUGCCUUUUAGUGUGAAAACCCUGGCAUUAAAUUUCGU